ACAUUCAAAUUUUAUGAGGAGCAGACCAAAAAUACAAAACAAAAAUCUGGACAGUUGAGAAAAAAAUCGACUUUAGGAAGAAGAAAGCAAAACAAUAUAACAAAACUACAGAUAAACAAUUCAGUUACAUGGUACCAUAUAAAACAAAACAGUAAUAGUUUCGACAUAUGUAGCUGGAGAGAUUUGUCCUGCAGAGGCUUCCGUUGGGUGGUAGUUGCAGUCUGAAAAGAAGAUUUUCAGGGAUUAUCACUAAAUACGUAUUACACAGCAUUCUCUGUUGAGAUUCAGGCUUGAAAAAUAAUCUCUUGUUUUCUGUACACCCUGAGUAAAAUAAGAUGCGUGAGUACAUAACUGGUGUCCACUAGGAGCAAAAUGCAGUGACUCGACAUAGUAUGGGUAGUUAGAAGAUGGACCCUUAAACGAAGUUGAAGGGCAUUGGCUCGGAGGUGGCUGCUAUGGCGACGGCUCUACAUGUGUGUUUCAGGCGGCUGCAGUGUACUCGCAGACACUGCAGGCGACUUCAACUUCCAGUAUUUUACAGUUGCCGUCACUUAUACCACAGUGAAGAAACUCUCAGAAAGGAAGAUGUGAACAAUGAAAGAUAUUAUCAACUCUACCAGAGCCACAUCCACACUGGGCCCUUUCAGAAGACGCUGCUUAGUGUUGGUGCAGCAGUGAUGGCUUUGUACAAUCCAUAUCGACAUGACAUGGUAGCUGUGCUCGGAGAGACAACAGGAUGGCAGGCAUUGAAAAACCUGAGAGAAAAGAUGAGAAAUGACCCUGAAGGAUACAAAAUACUGCAGGAAAGGCCUCAGAUUCGUAUGUCUACCUUGGAUAUAGAUCACUUGAGAGAGCUUCCAGAUGGGACAUUUGGCAGAGAGUAUCUUCGCUUCUUGGAUGUAAAUAGAGUUUCUCCUGAUACAAGGAUGCCGGUAAAGUUCGUUGAUGAUGAGGAACUUGCAUAUGUGAUACAACGGUACCGGGAGAUUCAUGACUUCAUGCACACCCUCCUUGGCAUGCCUACUAACAUGCUCGGGGAAGUUGCUGUGAAAUGGUUUGAAGCUGUUCAGACAGGGUUGCCCAUGUGCAUUUUGGGAGCAGUAUUUGGCUCACUGCGUUUGGACACCAGGAGACUUCAGCUGCUGAGUGAACUGGUGCCUUGGGCGGUACAAUGUGGAAGGAAUGCUCAUUGUAUUUUAAACUACUUCUAUGAGAAACGAUGGGAGCUGCCACUGGAAGUUCUUCGUGAGGAGAUUGGCAUCUUGCCCCUUCCUGAGGUUGCGAUAAAAAGUGCAAGAAAACAGAAAUGAGAGGACAUCACUAAGCAGUUCCAUUCAUCUAGAGAGGACAGUAGAAAUUACCAUGAGGGAAACUUUCAACAGAACCACAUCACAGUGCCUUAUUUAAAACAAAACUUUAUUUUGCUGUUGUGAAGCAGUUUAAGGACAAAAAUGCCUUUAACUGUUUUUGUGUCUGGCAUAUAAACAUGGGCCUAGAGUUUCUCAAAUCCAGGUCUUGAAUGACAGUUUUAUUGAGCAUUACAGCUGUAGCAAAUACUGUUAAGUGAUAUGUUAUUCUGACACUGUUAUUAAAUUCAUGUCUUAGAAUGA